ACAGGUUAUUAUUAAAAAUAAAUGCAUCAUUGAAUAUGGUUUCCUUGCCAGAUGUCAGAUUACUUUUCCAAACUCAUUCAAUUGAAGAAAUAAAUGUUAUUGAAAAAAAAAUAAGAGGAGAAAUAGAAAAGAAAAAGGAUGAUCUUCGUAUUAUGGUUGGAGAGCGUUAUAGAGACCUUAUUAAUGCAGCAGAUACAAUUAAAGACAUGGAAUCUGAAAGUAGUCAGGUGUUUGGUGGUAUAAAAAAUAUACAAAACUUAUGUUUGAGUUUUCAUACUUCUCUUAUGUCUUCAUGUUCUAGCAAGAUUACUCAAUCUCCACGAGAUGUUGCCUUUUAUUCAUUAGCUACUCAAAUGGAUCUUUUAGUUAACACACCUGAAAAGAUAUGGAAUGCACUUGACAAUCAUGAGUAUUUAAAUGCAACUCAACUGUAUAUGUUUUCACAUCAUAUUGUUAACAAGAGUUUAAAUAUUUUGGUCAAUGAUCCGAAGCCAUCUAAUAGUCAAGAUGUCUAUGCCUCAUUUCCAGUAUUACAUCACCAAUGGGCAGCAAUUAGUCACUUUAAGACAUCUAUUUUAAAGGGGGCUGAGUAUUCUUUAAAAGAUAAAACUCUUCCAGACAAGAAGUUAUGUGAAAGUCUUUGCUCGCUUGCAUUGCUGGACAAUUGUUCUCCACGACAAGUAUUUGCAACUCUUUUGCUUGCUAGAAAGGCUGCUAUUCAAGAUGUUUUUCGUUCAAAUAUAUAUGCAACAAGUGUGAAAAAACAGAUUGUUGAAAUUGCAUACAUUUUAAAACUUACAAUUGAACAGAUGACUUUGUUUUAUUCUGAAGAAGAAGUGAAUGAAAAGUCUUUGUUUUAUGCAAUAUUAUCACAAAUAACAGAAGAAAGAUCAGAUAAUAAGACAGUAUUAAAAUUGUUUGGUGAUGAAAUUACAUCAACUGUCGCUCCUUAUCUACCAGAAAGUGUUUCAGGUUUUGUUCCUAAACUAAGAACUGCCCCUCUACCUAUAUCUAAACAAUACAUUCAACAGCAUCUAACAGAAUGGUUUCAAAAUUGUUUAGAAGAAAUUCAAAAUGGUAUAAAGAUAUUGUUUCCUUAUGUAAAUAACAUUAAAGGAUUGUCGGCUAUACAAGAUAGUGUUUUUAACUUAUUUCUGCCUGGUAAUUCUGUUUCUGAAGAUUUUGAAAAUCCAUGGCUUAAAAAAUGUGAUUUAUGUUUUGGGAAACCUAUUUCAAUAUGGGAUGAGAUAUUUAGACCAGGUUUUGUGUCUCAAGCUGAGAUAAUUAUUAGCAAGCAUCUUGAGAUAAGCUUUUAUUCUCUGGAAAAACAGCUAGAAUCAUCCUUAAAAGCAAUGGAAGAUUCAUUGAAUGAAACAUCAGAGGUUUUCUGGGAUCAUGAUUUAGUUUCUUUUUUAUGGCAUGAUUUUCCUCAAGAUUUUUCAAAUUUGAUUGAUGAUAAACUUAAGGGACUUGAUAAAAAUUUUCUUUCUAUGAAAAUUAAAAGUUAUACACCAAGCCUAAAAAACAUUUGCUCAAAUUUUGAUGAUUCAUUGCUGAAUAUAUUGCAAGAUAUUUGCUUUCUCAUUGAGGGAUCAUCUCAAAAUACGGCAAAGCAAGAGGUUGUAUGUAGUUUUAGUCCGUUUGAUAAAUAUGCUAAUUCAAAACAUCUUCUUAAAGUUAUGCAAGAACGUUUACUGAACCAUGUUGAGUGUUUAUGUACUUAUGUAAAAAAUGAGUUAAAUGUUUUUGCGAAUAAAUUAGUUGACGAAUCUUUAAAGUCAACCACAUUAAUAAUAGACAAGAUAGUUUAUCUUGGUCGUUUUUGUCUGGCACUCCCUGAUCUAUGUCAAAAUUUAGAAAAUAUUGUUGAGUUUGAUGCAGAAAGAAAAAAAUCAAAAACUGCUUCUUCCCACUCAGCUGCCUUUAAACUAGUUGAAACUAAAUUUAAAGACCAAGCCAUGAUUUGUUUUGAAAUCUGGAUCAAAUGGAUACACAGAUUGUGCUCAAUCUUAAUUAAAGAAACACUUGACUCUGAAGAAAACCAUAGUUUACUCUCUACAACUAAUUGGGAAGAAAUUGUAAUUGAAGAAGAAGGUGAAUCUGGUGCCAUUCUAAAAUCAAAUGUCAAAGUACCAGCUCAGCUUUCAUUUUAUCUGUCAUCAUUGCUUUUUCGAAUUGCUGAAGAAUUCCAUAGAAUAGGUGGAAAUCUGCUUGAUAGUGUCUCACUACAGAAGUUAAGACUUGGUAUUGCAGCUUCUAUUAUUAGCAGUCAUGAGUUAUUUCUCUCAAGACUAACUGACAGUGUUUUCCAAUACAGAAUGUUGCAAAUUUUAUUUGAUAUUAAGUUUAUUAACAAGCUGUUUAUUAAUGAGUAUAAAAUUCAGGAGAAUCCAGAGUUAACACAGUUACGUACCAGUGCAAAUAAAUUAGUAAAGAGUCUCGAACAACAUGUUGAUCCAUUUGACUUGGAUGUUUUUACUCCCCAUAUUGAACUUAAUAUUCAAAAAUAUUUGCAGAAAUCAAUGCUUGUUUAUGGAUCGAUUUCAUCUUUUGAAAAACACAUUAGUCAGGUGUCAACAUCCCAGGAACAACAUAAUGUAGUUAAGAUGGUAGAGAAUCCGCCUAGAUUUAUGCUACUGCCUAUGAGUGCAAGAAUAAAGGAAGAAGAUAUUGAUAGUAACUUAGGUAGCUUCGAAGCAUUAGGAAGUCCUAUACUAAGUCACCAAACAUCAGUUAUAAAUUAGUUUGUCUUUAGAAAAAGCAAACUAAAAGAUGUUAAGCUAUACAUGUCAAAUAAGCUUUUUGUUGCUUAGCAACAUCAACAAUGUUUUGAUGCUUGAAA